AUGGCAAAUCUUCCUAACCUGCGACGCCUCUUUGUUGAGGCGAGAACGGAGGCUGAAGAGAACGAGUACUCUAGAAAGGCUGCAAGUCGCCCGGUUGUCUCUUCAUUCCAUUUCGCUGACAUCAAGCAGUUCUACAAUCUUGUGCUCUUCAUCUCUUCAGUGGCCAUCUUCAGCUUAACUGCCCAACGCAUGAGUGGACCGAAAAGUGCACGAUAA